GAUUCUUUAUGUAAUUUGAACCCAAUUUACGUUGUCCGCAAUAGCCUUCAAUUCUUGCACGAUUCAUAUGAUUAGAUUACAAUUUUUUUGGGAUUUGCAUUUUGAACAUAUGAUUCACAUCGUGUUGUGUGUGAUUUGAUCGUACAAUCCAUAUUUCAUAUCGCACAAUUUUGACAACACUAAGUGUUGGUGCAUGACAUGCUUUCAUGUCGAAGAUCACUUGUUUAGUUUCUUCCGAACUGAAGCCGUCCUUUAGUUUUUUGAAACUCUCCUUUAGUUUUUUCUCCUUCCUCGGGAGAUAGAGAACUGAAAUGCAAACCGUUGAGGGUUUUUUUGUAAGGGAAUCUUCAGUAAUGAUGCACUGGCAAAUAUCAUCUUCCUUUUUUUGGAAUGGUUACCGUUGCCAUCACCAAUUACUGAAAUAUGAUCGACUCGUCUUCUUAAACUAGUAAUUUAAUGGAAAUAAGCUAUAGUCGUGUCUAUGCUAACCCACUGCACGUGCUAUAUUUGUCUCCAAUUGAUUUUGUCCUUCCUAAAAACCUCUUUUAGAGCCUCAAGCAAACUUUAAAGCCCGACACAAUAAAAAGAAAAGAAACCUAGGGUUUCUUAAAAUAUUUUCAGCAGAAAGGGAUGGGGGAACCCAAAAUUAAAAGAAGGAAACAAGGAUAUUGUUAAAAUAUUUCUUUAUCAUAUUAGAAUAUGUUAGCUUUGUUGCAAGCUAGGCAUCAUAGUAUAGGAUGCUAAAACUUAAGGGGAAGUGUUGAACGAGUGCACAAGGUUUCCUAACAUUCAAUUAUUGACUUUUAUGGCUAUAUUGACUUUCCAUGGCUAGCAUUGUGUUAGUAGUUUUGCUAGCAAUUGCUAUUGUCGAUGUAACAAGUCUCUCAAAAUAAGAAACAUCGGAAUACUUGCAAUGGAUGAGAGAAUUCAAAAGUUUGACUGAAGAAUAAUACUAAGAAUUGAGGAGACAAGUCAAGCUUCUCAACAAUCCAGCUGUUAAGAGCAUUCAGACUGAGUAUGGUGAUGUUUUCAAUUGCAUGAACAUUUAUAAAUAACUUGGCUCUCAUACUAUGUUAAAUGACACCAACCAUUGAUCCACAUGAUGAUCAAUGAUGGGUCAUCUACAUGGCCAAUGUGCAGUGCAUGGUCAGGUUGAGUGGAGGCCAAUUAGUAGCCGCAAAGGUAGGAGAAGAAAGAGAUCAAAGAGUAGGGAAGGAGGGAGAGAAAUAUUAGAGAGAUGAGAGAGAUGUGAGAAAGAGUGAGAGGAGGAUGAGAGCUUGGAGAAAACGUGAGUGGAGGAGUUGGGUAUGAAACCCUAACGCUCUCUCAUCUUAUAAACCCCAUUGCGUACAGAAAUUGGUGUUAUUGCAUGGCUAAUGACUAUAUAUCAUUCUUUAGUACGAAACCUUUGCAAAAAAUUAUAGCAGCUUGCUAUCUAAUAUUCAUUUGUUUGGUAUCCAUUUGUUGUCUAAUAGAUGAGUAGCCAGUAAUCGACAUAAAACAAAGUAAGUGCAUACCAUCCAACCUCUGCGCUAUUGCAAUCUUGGUCUGAGCCAUUGACAGUCCAUAAAUGAGCUAGGCUAAAUUAAGAAUCCUUUGUAAGUUUUGGUUGCUACACAUUCAUAUACGCUUCGGCUGCAAACGCGUUAAAUUGGAAGUUUUCAGUAGCAUAGUGUUGAUAACCAAUUACAACUUUUCUAUGAUUACUAGAUAGAUUUUUCUCUCAACAGAUGAUGUAUUUUAGUUAGUGGAACGAACGGGUACUGUCCCAAGUGGGCACUUAUUAACAUUGAACCCAAUUUCUUGACUUGCAAUUGAAAGGUCUUGAUUUUGCAUUCUUGCUCGAUGAAAAGUGGGCCUCAUCUUGCUUGUUGAGAAGCUUGAUCCAUAUCUUCAAUUCCAAGUCUUAUUCUUUAUAUAGACUUUUGAAUUCUCUCCUUAAUUGUAAGUAUUCCAAGUUUUCUUGUUUUAAGAGGCUUCUUUCAUUGACGAUAGCAAUUGUUUAAAAAAAAAUAACACAAUACUAGCCAUGAAAAGUCAAUACAGACAUAAAAAUCAAUAACUAAAUGUUAGAAGACCUUGUGAACUCUUUGAACACUCCCCCUCAAGCUGGAGCAUCUUAUACUGAUGAUGCCUGGCUGGCAACAGGGGAUAACAUAAUCUAAUUUACUAAAGAAAUACUUUAACACUAUUAUUGUUUCUUUCUUUUAUUUUUAGGCUCUCUCAUCCCUUUUAUGCUGAAAAUCUUUUAAGAAACCCAUGGUUUCUUCUCCUUUUAUUGUGUUGGGCCUUUGUAAUGGUCUAUAAUGAGAAGGGGACAAAGUGUUUGUGAUCAUCGCCCCUUGUGGGAUAUGUGAAUGUGUGGGUUGAUUGCCUUCAUCAGAUGCAAUAUUCGUGAUCAUCAACCCUCGUGAUUGGUUGGAACAUGUGGAUGUGUAAAUUGGUUAUUCUCUUUAAGUGUGGUUCCAUACUAUGAAUCGUAUAAAUUGAGUGUUCACAAAAGGUCGGCCCUUGUUUGUAUAAGCUUAUGGUAUAUAUUUUAGUCAUUUGUCUCAUAUGGAAGUGAGAAGUGAUUCGAGAACUAGAUUAAUAAAUCCAUCUGAUUUUUUGGGGGUCUAGAUAAUUUCUAUUAAAUUAAAUGAAAUAAACUAUCUCCAAUGGUUUAAGUCCAUUCAAGUAUUUUUAACAGCAAAGGAAAAAAUUGAAAUACUUGACCACAGACAUAAAGAGGUUAUCAUUGUUACAAUCCUUCAAUUCGACGACAAUAUGUGUAUGUGUGGAUGUUACAUUUUUUAGUCCAUUCUGUUCUUCUCACAAGACAAUAAAACUCUUGAUGUGAAAGUUGUGUUUAUACUUGUUGUGAUUGAAGAAGACAAUCUAAUCUGCUACCUCUGUCAAAUCCAUUCCUGGUGCUUCUCAGCUAAAAGUCUACUCACGAUGAAAACAGACAAAUAGUGCGACCAAUCAUGAUGUGCCCAACCAUAUCUUCUUCCAAGCCUAAUGAGCCAUUGACUUAUUCAGAUAGGUCAAAUGUCCCUAUUGCCUUCAGAAAAGGAUAUUUAUGGUGGGUACAUGGUAGCAUUUGCAGGCCGCAAAUAUGCUGCAAGGUCUCUCCCUGUUUUUGUUGCAAACAAGGACUACAUCUUGACGAGCUUUACUCUGGUACUUGAAUUUCAAGAAGGAACGCUGCAGAACUUCUUUUGGAAGCAAGACGGGUGCGCUUCAUGUUCUGGGAAGUCGGCUUUCAUUUGUGUUAAACAGUUAGGCUGUGCAAUCAGAACUUCAAGCUGCAAUAGCCAUGGCGGUCCAGUUGACUGCAGCCUCAGCAUACAGCUAGCUUUCUCAGGCACAGAUAGGAAUUACGAUGUUCUCAACUCAUGGUAUGAGGUGGCCAAUCUCAAGCAGUACUCUCUCUUCAACCUGUACUCUGACCUCAAGGAUUCUCUCUCCAUCCUGAAUGGUAAUAUCCUCUAGCCCACCCAAUGCCGGUCAUUGAUCUUGUGAUCGACGGUGCAGAUGUAAUUCUCCUCAUCCUCUUCCUGCAUUUUCAAAUUUGUUUGUAAAUGUACAUGUUGUUUACUAUGUAACAGAUACUAAAUUCAAUGUUGAUUCUUUAGA